UUUAUCUCUUGGAAUCUCAAUAUCUCUGCUCGAUUCUCAUUCGGAGACCUGGGGUAUUGAGACUGACCUUCUUAGCACUCUACAUCGCAGCAUCGGCAACAAUGGCUGGUAACUCUUGGACCGCCGAGGCCGAGAAGGCUCUCUUGCUCUCCAUUGCCACCACUGCCAACGCCGGUGCUGGUACGAAGCCUGAGUGGGCUGCCGUCACUCGCCGCAUGAACCGCCUCGGUUAUAACUUCACCUCUACGGCCCUCGCUCAGCGCUACGGCAAGUCUUUGGCCAAGCCUUACAAUGAUCGUGUCAACGCGGCCGCUGAAGUGCCCAUCACUCCGGCUUCUACUCCUUCUCGCAAGCGUGCUGCCCCCAGUUCCGGCGCCAGGGCGACUAGAACCUCCACUGCCGGUGGCUCUGGCCCGGUCCAGGCCGCCAAUGAGAUGGCUUCGCUUGCUCUUUCGGCUGACAACGGUGGUGAUGAUGCUGAGCCCGACAUGGAGGACUCCAAGAAGCGCAUGAAGUUCACUCACGGCAGUGCUUCUGUUGGUCUUGAUCCUGGUCUUAAUGGCCAGCAGAUUGAUCUUACUGGUGAUGAUACUGGCGUCAAUAUCGAGAACACCGCUCCUGCCGCUGAUGAGAACGGACAGCCGAUUGACCUCACCGAUGACCAGGUCGACAUCAAGCCUGAGGUUGAGGUCCGUUUCCUCAAUGCCUCCUUCAGUCAUCGUGCCCGUGCUCGGAGGUAUGUUAUUACGGAUUCCCGUUUUCACGUUCUAUACCUUCAGCUAGACCCAUUCUUGCCAUCCCAACACUUCAGGCCCCGAGCUUUUAUUGGCGUUUUUGUGGCUCUACCAGCUUCACCAGCAAGAAAUCGCUUCUCCCUGGCCUCCUCCUUCCAUCUACGGGCUGUCUCUUCCUUCACCCUUCCGCUCAAAUUCGACACUUCUACCUCCUACCCUCCAUCACUACCUUCCGUCUCUCCGAACUUCCCUCUUCCACCCACAAGUUCCAACCACACAUUAGCUUUCAAUUUCCACAAUCAAACUUCCACAUUAUACACAACUUCCUCUUCAAGCACCAAACACUUUCAGAAGAUGGACCUAACUCGGAAAUUCCACAGCAUGACCCUCAACCCCAUCCCGACCAACGAGGAGUACUUCGAAGUCAUGGGAAUCAUCCCCCAGUCCCCCAAGGUCAUCCCUCGUACCUUGCCCAGAAACCCCGUCUAGGUGAAAAUCGAGAAGGAAGUCUUGGCCGCCUGCGAGGCAGGUCGCAAGCAGCUCCAGGAGAUCAACGCGAAGAAGGCAGCCGACA